UGGAUUGCAGAAGGUUUCAUAAGGACGUCUUCCGGAAGUCGUGAAAGCUUGGAGGAAGUGGCUGAACAUUAUUUGGAGGAUCUUAUCCGCAGGAACUUGAUAAUGGCUAGAAAAAAAAGAUUCAAUGGUGAGGUAAAAGCAUGCGGAAUACAUGAUCUGCUGCGUGAGUUCUGUUUGAUAGAAGCUGAAAUGACAAAGUUUAUGCAUGUUGUGAGAACUCCAUUGUCACCAGCACAAAAGCCUAAUUUUCGUCGCUUCAGUAUUCAAAAGUAUAUUAAGGAUGGUCAUAAGCUCUUACCCCCUGUAGCCAGAUCUAUCUACUGCUUUUCUUACUUGGAUCUACCUUUUGAACCCCGUAUUAGGCUUCUCCCUAUAUUGCCCAUCUACCGUCAUGAUCCUAUAAUACAUGGAUUUUUCUCUUGUUUCAACCGUCUCAGGGUAUUGGCCAUCUUCCCUGUCUGGUUCGGCUCAUUUCCACUUGUGAUUACAAAGUUAUUUCAUUUGAGAUAUCUCCAAGUUCCAUGUUUGGGUAAUAUUCCUCAAUCAAUCUCACAGCUUCUGAAUUUGCAAACUCUAGUUUGUGAUGGUCAUUCUUCAGGGACAACUUUAACUAGGAAGAUAUGGAUGUUGAAGAACUUGAGGUAUAUACGUUUAGGGGGAGCCACUUAUUUACCAAGUCCUAGAAUAGAUAACAAUCUUGUGAUGGGGAUGCCAAAUCUAGAGGAACUUUACGGUAUUUGUUACUCUAGUUGUACAAAUGAAGUCAUUUCUAGCACUCCCAAUCUAAAGAGAUUGAUCAUUCGUUUACAUUUUAGAGUACGAAACAAUAUUCCAGAUCAUCCCUUGGAUAUGUCCAGCUUGACAAAACUUGAGACAUUCAAGUUUUACUGGAAAGGUUCUUUGGAAGACCCCAUCAAGAUAUUUGUUUUUCCAAAAUCACUUAGAAGAUUGUCUUUAACUUGGUGUUAUAAGUUUAUUUGGGAAGAGAUAUCAUCAACUUUUAUCAUGUUGCCAUAUCUUGAAGAGCUCAAACUUAAAUAUUGUCGAGCCGAAGAUGAUAUAUGGAGAUUGACUGACAAAGACAUAUUCAGAAGCUUGAAGUUGUUGUUACUGAGCUACCCAAAUCUUAAGGGUUGGGAAGCAAGCAGCGAUAACUUCCCUAAUCUAAAACGCCUUGUUCUGAAGAAAUGCAGGGACCUGCAAGAAAUUCCAACAGAUUUCGUGGAAAUUUGUACUUUGGAAUCGAUUGAGUUACAUGAUUGCACCACUACUGCUGAGGAAUCUGUCAGAAAUAUCGAACAAGAACGAGAGGACAUGGGAUAUAAUAUCCUUAAGGUCUACAUCCAUAACAGACACA